GGUGCGGUGGUGUUCGGGCCGGGUAGUUAAACAUUGGAUAAGAAACCUCGUAUGUCUCUAUCACUAUUGUAGUCCUUUCUAAGCAAAAACCAAAAAUAAUAAACAAGAAAACAAAAACCAGCCACAAAAAAUUGAAACUGACCUCCGCAGACUCUUAAUUUGACUCUUAACAAAACUUACAACUCAACACCUCUUGAUAUUGAUCGCUUCAUUACUCUCUCCUCUCACCUAAAAAAAAAUAAAAAAUAUCCCUCACAUUUUUUGACGCUGCAUAAGAAAUGACGAUAUUUCCGGCGACGGCGACACCAACUCCGGCGACGAUAAUAGACGACGAAAAACCUCUGGAAAUACAACUCUCCGAGCCAAUUGUACUUGCAGAACGAGUUCGCGAGUUAGCGAACGAGUCAAUCUCCUUCAAACUCGACUGCCAUGAAGUUGCCAAGCACGUCGACCGUCUGGCCCACAUGCUCCGCUCACUUGUCCGCUUCGCCACCGCUAAAACCUCCUCCAUUUAUGACCGUCCCCUCCGUCGUAUUUCCGCCGAAGUUUUCCGUAACCUUCACCGGGCCCACACACUCGUCCGAAAAUGCCGCCGCCGAAGCACCUUCAUCCACCGCCUCGUCAAUCUCGUCACAACCGCCGACUUCCGGAAAGUUUUCUCUCUCCUCGACACCUCCGCCGCUGACUUACGCUGGCUCCUCUCCGUCUUCCACGUCGACAUUAACACCGGCAACGAUGUAGACGACGUCGUUUUAUCUCUCCCGCCAAUCGCAAGCAACGACCCGAUUCUAGCGUGGGUUUGGUCAUACACCGCCACAGUCCAAAUGAGUUCUUCCUUACCCGCCCGUAUCGAAGCAGGCCGUGAGAUCGGGUCUUUGGCCCAGGACAGUGAUCGUAACAAAAAGAUCAUUGUUGAAGAAGGUGGAAUUCCACCAUUGUUGAGGUUAUUAAAGGAUGUAAAUUCAGCAGAGGCCCAAAUUGCGGCCGCGGUGGCACUUUUUAAUGUUGCUAAUGACGGGGAAAGGGUUAGGGUAAUUGUUGAUAAUUUGGGUAUUCCUUUGAUUGUUAAAGUGUUAGGAGAUUCUCCAAUGAGGGUUCAGGUUAAAGUAGCUGAAUUAGUCGCUAGGAUGGCUGAAUUUGACGGUGGCGGUGGUGGUGGUGUUGCUAAGGAAGAAUUUGGUAGAGAGAAUGUAAUUCGCCCCCUCGUUUCACUGUUAUCAUUCGAAACAUUCGAAGACGAAUCCAAAGCUGUGAAGAAGCCUCAAAGCAUUCACUCAGUUGUUCAGAUUAACAGGGAGAUUGGGAUUAACAAGCUGAAUUCGAAUUAUUCGUCGUUUUCAUCGUUUUAUCCAGAAAUUGGAGUUAGUAAAGGAGGGCAAACAAGAAAAGGAAGAGAGAAUGAGAGUGAUGAAGUUAAAAGGGAGCUUAAAGUUAGCUGUGCUAAAGCACUUUGGAUGCUUGCUAAAGAUAGUGUAUCCAACAGUAAAAGAAUUAGUGAGACAAAAGGGUUACUUUCUUUAGCUAAGUUAAUUGAGAAAGAAAAUGGAGAAUUGCUUAAGAAUUGUGUUAUGGCAAUCAUGGAAAUCACCAUUGCUGCUGAAACAAACACCGACCUUCGAAGGUCAGCUUUCAAAACCAGUUCCCCAGCUGGUAAAGCAGUAGUGGAACAGCUUCUGAAAGUGAUCAAACAAUCCAAUGAUCCAAUUUUACAAAUUCCAGCAAUAAGAUCAAUUGGGUGUCUUUCUAGAACAUUCUCAGCAAAAGAAACCCGGGUAAUCGGGCCUUUAGUUGAGCAACUUAGCAACAAAGAUCAUGAAGUUGGGACUGAAGCUGUUGUUGCUCUGGUAAAGUUUGUGGACCCUGAGAAUUUCCUGUGUCAUGAACACUCAAAAGCUGUGAUUGAAUUUGAUGGUGUGAUUCCAUUGUUGAGAUUGCUUAGGGAAAGUGAUAGGGCUCAAGUACAAGGAUUGCUUCUACUUUGUUAUCUUGCUAUAAAUGCUGGUAAUAGUGAAGCACUUGAACAAGCUAGGCUUUUGACUGCACUUGAAGGGACUGAUAGAACUGUUACUGCUCAGUAUCCUCAGUUGAGGGAGUUGAUUGUUAAGGCUAUGUAUCAUCUUGGUCUUUAUCAUGGUGAUAAUCAUCCUCUUAGACAAUCUUCAAUGCGAAUGUAAACAGAAAAGAAGGGCGUUUCUGAUUUUCUGCAAUGUAUAUAAACAUUCUGCAAAUUAGUUUUUGUAAUUACUGUGUAGGGGGUACUGAACUACUGAUAGAGAGAAAUGAAUACAAGUUCAGUUCAUUGAGAAUAUUUUUCCAUGAGCCUUGGUAGCUUGAUCACCGUGUAAUUAAAUCUUUUUUGCUAAAUUGUAGUGAACUAAAAUAUAUACCGUUUAAAAUCAGUAUAAUGCCAUAGAUACCGGCUUCUUUAA